CGGAUUUGGCCCUCCGAAGGAGACGUGACUGGAGUUCCUGGUGGAACCGGGACCUCCCGUGACACAUAUCCCCUUGGAAAAGCUGUCGACUUCACGCAGCCAAACUGUCCCUCACAAAACCCGAGUUACAGUCGUGGGAAAUAUUAAGGCAGAAGGACGCGGCACUGGGUUCCUCACAGUCUGAAUGGGAUCCUGAGCGAAUCCUGGGUUUGAGGGCACAAGUCAAGGAUCAAGGUCGGAGAGGGGCUAGUUAGUUAGGGUGCCUCGCGUUUAGGGCGCUUUGGAGCUCCGUUUCCUGAGAAGGUGCACCCUGAAAAUAAGAGGUCUUAGCCUUGGGCAAGGGUGGACAGGAGGGACAGGAGGGUGGCUGGGAGUCUUGCAUGCAUUCGUGGGGUCCCCAGGGUAAGGGAUCUGGAGUGUACUUUGGCCUUGAGGGAGUUUUGAGAACCUGCGGGAGAGUUCAUUUGAGCUGGACAAGGACUUUUCAGCUUGAGGUGCAACAGGGUUUGGGGACUUUGUGUAUGUGAGGGUUGAUACACUGAAGGUUUGGAGUUGAGGAUCACAUUAAUUUGGGCAGGGGCGGGAGCUGUGGAUCCCAUGGAUUGGGAUCUUGGGUCCUGAUGUGGGGAACGGUUGAGAGUGUUCUGAUGUCUGAGGAUGCAAUGAAGACCCCCAAUUUGGGGCUUUGUGGAUUGGGGAUUAAUUUCACACUCAAGUUAUUUGAUGAAGGACACGUGUUCUUGAUUUGGAGAUUUCCUGAACAUCCUCCUUUCCCAUGGGGGAGACUGAGGAUGUGAGGUUCUGGGGAGCAUCUCUAAGACAGGCUUUGAUUUCUCUCCAUUUAGCACCACCUGCUCUUGACCUGGGUGAGAGGACCCUCUCUGCAUUUUCCUCUACUGAGUGCUCUGGCUCAAUGGGGCUAUGUUUUGCCCUCCCAUUGGCUGCACUGGCCAGCUGCCUGCUUCCUGCAGACUGUUGUAUCACAUGUGACCAGGCAGUUAUGGGAUCAUUAAGGUUCUUGAAGGAGAAUUACAUACCUGGACACCUGGAUGUCAAGAAUCAAAAAAAAGUGAUCGAGAGAGUAGAUGUGAUCGCACAGGAAUUCAAGGAGAUAAAAUUUAAGAAUGCUACCUUUUUGGGGACCAUAGAUGAGAAGACACUGAAAAAGGCAUCUCAGAGUGUGCUGAAGGAGCUGAAACGCAUCACAGACAGUAAUGUAAAAGGGGACCAAUUUGUGAGGGAGCUAUACCGGAUGUUGCACAAGGAAAAGGCCAAAUUUACCCAGUAUGCUGCUGACUUUCAAAAUAAUGAUUAUUGUCCCAACAAAUGUGGUAUGAUGAUGCAGCGUCUGUUAUGGUGCCCAGAAUGUAGGAUAGCAAAUUACCGUUGUUGGAAGUCCCUGGACUGUGGGGAGCGCCUGGUGAAGGUCCAUGAAAAGGAAAACCUGACCUUGAACUGUCUAUUCAAGUGGCACCUUAUUGCUCAAGAACUCACAGACUACAAAUUCGAAAGGAUUUGGGAGGAUGGUUCUGAGACCUUGCUGUACAAGGGAAAGAACCCCAUCUUGACCAUUACCUCAUUAACUCAAAAGAAUACUGGCACCUACCGCUGUGAACUGGGUACAGAGACCUCUGGCCCAUCCACGAUCAUUCAUUUUCUCGUCACAGUUUUGCCCCCAAAUGCUACAGAGGAGACAUCAACAACAAGCAUCCUCUUUGGGAAUGAGACAGAGUCAGGGACACAGGGUGCAAAUGUCACUGGUGAGACCAGUCCAGCCGUCCCUGGUGGGACAGGCCCAGCUUCCCCAACGGUCCAGGGUGAGACGGGCCCAGGGGUUCAGGGUGAGACGGGCCCAGGGGUCCAGAGUGAGACAGCCCCACUCCAGGGUGAGACGGGCCCAACAGAACAGGGUGAGAUGGGCCCAUUCCAGGAAGAUACGGGCUCAACAGAACAGGGUGAGACUGCCCCACUCCAGGAUGGUAUGGGGUCACUGGCCCAAGGUGAGAUGGCCCCUCAAGUCCAGGGUGAGACAGGCUCACCUGUCCAGGGUGAGACAGGUCCACCUGUCCAGGGUGAGAAGGGCCCACCUGUCCAGGGUGAGAUGACAUCUCCAGACCUGGUUGAGACGGCUCCAGUUCAGGCUGAGACAGCUCCACUUGAAGCUGAGACAGCCCCACUUGAGGCUGAGACAGCCCCACUUCAGGGUGAGACAACUCUGCCGGCCCAGGGUGAGACAACCCAGUCAGCCCAGGGUGAGACGACCCAGCCAUUCCAGGUGGAGACUGCCCCACUGCAGGGUGAGAUGGCUCCAGGUGAAGGUGAGACGGCCUCCCAGUUCCAGGGUGAGACAAACCAGGUUGAAACAGCACUACUCAAGGAGGAGACUGCCCCACUUCAGGGUGAGAUGGCUCCAGGUGAAGGUGAGAUGGCCUCCGAGGUCCAGGGUGAGGCAGCUCCACCAAACCAGGUUGAAAUGGCACCAUUCGAAGAGGAGACAGAACCAGGCGAAAUUGAAAUGGGCCAACCACUCCAGAAUGAGAUGGCCCCAGGACAGGGUGAGAUGACUCCCCGAGAACAGGUGGAGACUGCCCCACUACAGGGUGAGAUGACUCCCCCAGGCCAGGCUGAAACUGCCCAAUUCCAAGGUGAGAUGGCCACACCAGUCCACGGUGAGACAUCUGCAGCUCAGGGUGAGACUGCCUCACCAAUCCAGGCCGGGAUGGCCCAACUCCAGAAUGAGGCAGCCCUAGUCCAAGAUGAGACAGCCCCAUUCCUGGGAGAGAUGGCCCCACUUCUAGGUGACAUGGCUCCACUUGAGGAGAUCUCAGUACGCCCGAAUCCAGGAGAAUUGGAGUCUUCGACCACGAACCAACAGCCUGAGCAGGCCAAGGGUGUGCAGCAAGGCCGCAACCUUGGGCUGAUCAUCGCUUUACCUCUACUCCUGAUACUAGGCCUUAUUCUUUGCCUGCUUUACUGGCGAAAAUCGAAAGAGAAACAAUCUUCAUAGCUCAGCCUUUGAAAAUUCACCUUCUUAUCCGUCAAAGACAAGGGCCUCAAAAGAGAAAAAUAAUUAAAUACAUGUCUUGUUGUCUAAGUAUUUGACUCAAUCCUCUUGACUGAAUAAUACCUUGGGCUCCCCCAGAGGACAGAUCAAGAGAUGGGCUCCUGCCUCAGGGAGGAGGGUGAGGAACAUGGCACCACUGAGGUCUGGUGGAGGGGACAGCAGACUGUGAUAUAAUUCCAGAACCAAGAAACAGGCCAGGGCCAGGCCUACCUAGAUCUCCUGCCCCAGGCCUGGUUUCUCAGGACACCCCCUCCCACCUCUUCCUGUUGGGUUUCCUCUUGCCUUUUAAUGUCCCCACACAGUGCUGGGGCUGGGUCAGAGGCACAGGCUUUUCUAAAGGGAUCAGGAACUAACCCAGGACAUCAGAGCCAGGCCCUCUGGGUGCUGCCCGACCUGCAACAGGUAAGAUCCAGGUAAGACUCCUGGGUCCCACUGCAGCCAUCAGUCCUCCUGGGCCUGUAGUCCAGGGCCCAUCCCUCUCCCCAGAUGCCCCUCCAUCUCCCAGAUGUCCCUCUGCCUCAUUCCCCUAACCCCAGCCCAUUGGAGAUGUAUAUCCACCUUCCCUUAGGGCCAGGCUAUCUGGUGUAUUGAAGGAGGGUGGAAGCACCCCAUCCACUUUGGAAAGCUCCCUCUCCUGUGUGCCUGUGGAACCAUCCUCCCCACCAAGCCCCGGGCCACAGGCCCAUCCUGCCUCUGUCAUGGAUCCUGAGAGACCUGUCUCCUGUUCCAGUCCUGAAUGGGCAAGGGAGCCUGGGUGAUGAGAGCAGGAAGUCAGAUACUGGUUUACUUGGGCCCAGUUGGGGGAGAGGUGGGCUUAGGCACUGGGGUGGGCCACAGUGCCGGUUGUGAUUCGCCUUCCUUCCUCCCCUCCUUGCUCAUCUCUUGGAAAUGGCUUUUGUGGGAUUGGCCUUUGUUUAUUUAAUGAACUCUCUUUCCUUCGACCUUUACCCACCACCCAUCUUGGUCAUCCCUGGAUCUCUAUCUUUGCUGUGUGUCUUUCUCUUGGGGUCUUUUUGUGCUUCUCACCUCCUCGGUCCAAAUUCUGGAGUCUGCUUGCCCCUCUGGAUGACUCUCCUGUGUAUCUGUUCAUAGGUGGCUCUCAGAUCUUCUUCCAACACUGGGAACUGCAUCAGCGAGGCACUGCCACUACCCCCGCUGCACGUGGAACUGUGGCGAGUGGGCGCCGUGAAGGCAGUGUGGGGAGCUUCAGGGAACAGCGCCAAGCACAUCUCUCAGAUCUAACAGUACUCAGGGACUAGGACAACAGGGACUGGGGUGGGGGCAGCGCUGGGCCAGAGUGAAGCUGCUGGAGCUGUAAUGGGCGUGGCCCCGGAGCCCCCACGGGCAUCCUGCGCCACUGCGCCCCCGGGAGUCCUAAAGAUCUUUGGCGCGGGCUUGACGUCGGGUGCCAACUACAAGAGGGUGCUGGUCACGGCGCGUUUCACAGCGCGGGAGCUGGUGGCUGAAGCGCUGGAGCGCUAUGGGCAGCGGCGUGGACGCCUUCGCGCUGUGCGACGCGCUGGGCCGACCGGCCACGGCCGGCAUGGGCAGCGGCGAGUGGCAGGCGGAGCACCUGCGCGUGCUGGGCGACUCGGAGCGCCCACUGCUGGUGCAGGAGCUGUGGCGGGCGCGGCCCGGCUGGGCGCGGCGAUUCGAGCUGCGCGGCCGCGAGGAGGCGCGCCGCCUGGAGCAGGAGGCCUUCGGGGCCGCGGACAGCGACGGUGAGCCAGCGCGCGGACCUGGGGGGCUGGACAGGGUUUGGGGCCCCCAGGGCCCACAGAGCCUAAGAGGAGCAGUCCUUAAAGGCCGGAUUGGCGCGGGCUGUGGGCACGGCUCUGGGGCAGCUCUGAGGGCGUGGGCGGGCCAAGCGAGGAGCGAGCUGUGAGGUGAUUGGUGGAGGAUCCGGCCGGGGCGGGGACUUAGACUGGGAGAAGGCGGGGCUGCAGCAUCUGAGCGCUGGGCGGGACCUGCUGGUUUCCCAGGACCUACAGAGUGGUGCUUGAAUUCGCGUGGGGCGUGGGCCGGCUGGUGGCAGUGGUUGGAGGUGUCCCAGAGUGUCUCGGGAUGGAGUCAGGGCCUUUAGGAGGCAUUCCAGGCUGCCUUGCAGGAGGCUGAAUGUGUAGGUGGCCAAAGCAGUGGUAGCUCCCCAGCGGGGUGUCGGUGGGUUCUGGCAGCUCAGCAGCCUGCGGGAAGCGCCAGAGCCUAGCGAAUUCCCAGGGAUUCGGCCAGUGUUAGGGGAAAAUCGAAGUUGGAGAGAAGUAGGAGAUGAGGAACAGGCCAGGACAAUGUCCUGGAGGGCUGUGCAGAGCCGUGGGUGGGUCUGCGGGGCCAGGGUGGAGUCUGAGGAACUGAGUAGGCCUGAGCCUGAGGUGUUGGGCCUGGUGAGGUGUGGUGGCACCUGCUUGUGGGUCUGUGUGGCAGGAGACAGCUCUGGGAAGUAGGCUGAGGCGGUUCUUGAGGGUCAGGGCCUAUGUGGGCAGAGCCUAGGAGGGAGAGGAACCUGUGUUUUGGGGGGCGGGCCUUGGAUUAGGUGGCUUUAGGCUGGGUUGGCUGCCAGUAUGGGCACAGGGGAAAGGAAGGGACUAGAGGUAGAGGUCAAGGAAGGCUUUGUUACAUGGGGCCUGAAGCAGCAGACAACCUCAAGGGUAAAAUAGCAUGUGCCAUAGGGAUCCUGGCAGGCGUGCAGCCAUGUUCACUGAGGGACAGGAUGCUCAGGUCUUGUAGUCUCAGACUCUCCCUCCCCUACCUACCUCCCUCCUAAUGGUGACCACAGAAGAACCGGGCCCAGGGGCAGUGCUGGGCAGUUCUACUAGUCCUGGGUCAGGAUCAGGGGCCCCUAUUGUGUCUCCUUUAAGGAGAGUUAGGAAAACUUUUCCUUAUGGUGCAGCUUGUUGGAGCUGAGCCUUCAGGGUCGGAGGAGGCGGCAGCAGGUACACAAGCAGCAGGACCUGAAACAUGAAGGCUUUUUUUUUUUCCUUAAUUUGUAGAUGGACACAAUGUCUUUGUUCUAUUUCUUUAUUUUUAUGUGGUGCUGAGGAUUGAACCCAGUGCCUCAUGCAUGAGGGGCAAGAGCUCUACCACUGAGCUAUAACCCCAGCCCCAGCAGCAGGACCUUACCGUGCCCCCAGUGGCAGCUGAUGCCCAAAUAGUACCUGCAGUCCCAAGGGAUUAGAUUAGUUGACUCAGUGCCUCAUCCAGGCCCCCAGCAAUCGCCCCUACUUUCUGCUGCCCCAGCGCUAUCAGGAUGCCCAGGUGAACAUUGCCUCCCCAACCACCCAGAGCCCUAUGUCCCCCCUUGUCAUUGGAGAGUGAUAAACCUGUAGUUCUCAGAAUUCCUCUGGUUGAGGUAGCCUCAGGUCCUCUGGUAGGCAAGAGUGCAGCCAGGUUGUAGAAAGUGAGUGUGGAGGAGGCAGAGGGGAGAUGGCUGACAAGAUUACACUGGAGGCACAAACAGGGCAUGGUCCUGUCACUGAAAGUUGAGGGCAAGCUGUGUUUUUUCAAAGGAGAGUCCAUUGCAGGAAGGAGACCCCAUGCAGACAUCAUUUCUUGAGGGAGGACGACAGGAGAGUGCAUGUGCUGGGGCAGGGACGUCCUUGACUAGUGUCUGGGGACUUAAUGUAGAAAAGCCUGUAUUUCUUUGGUGGGGGAGUGGAUGAACCCAUUUGUAAAAGGUGAUGGUUUUCACUGGGACGUUUGACCAUUGUGGAUGCAGGCAGGGGGUGCUGGCACUUCUGUGCAUUUACACAUUUGGGUGACAAUGGGAGAACUUGAGUGUUCGGUUUAUUUUAUAUGUAUUUUAAAUUUUUUUUAGUUCUACAUCGACACAAUAAAUUUAUUUUUUUAAA